AUGGGUAUUUAGUGUUCUUAAUGCUAAAUUAAUAAUGAGAAUGAAUCAAUUCUUGCUAAUGUGGUUACAGAUCAUAAGAACUGUAUGUAUAUGGAAGAUCUUGAAGAUAGUUUCGAAAGUGAUCCAAGUAAUAUAGAAUCAAUAUAAAAAUUUUAUAGAUAAUCCACCUUCUACUACUAUAAAUAAAACAUUGGAAGAAAAAAGCAUAUAAUUUUUAAAGAUGAAAAAAGAAAGCUAACAUACUAUACAAUCUGAAUGUUACAAAUCAGAAGAAUUGUAAAUGGAUGAUGAUUCUAAAUUUUUCGGAUAAACUAAGGAUGGUUAAGCUAAUGGAUAUGGAAAAUUAUGGUUAAAAAAUGGAGAUUAUUAUGAAGGUGAUUUUUUGAAUAAUUUGAUGCAUGGUAAAGGAAUCUAUAACUAUAAAAAUGGACCAAUUUUUGAAGGUCAAUUUUUAUAUAAUAAACCAGAUGGAUUUGGUAUGGAAUCUUGGCCAGAUGGUUCUAUAUAUGAAGGAUAUUUUAAAGAAGGUAAAAAAUCUGGUAAAGGAUGUUACAAAUGGUAUCAAGGAUGUGUUUAUGUUGGAGAAUGGAAGAAUAAUAAAAUACAUGGGACUGGAAGAUAUGAUUGGCCUGAUGGAAGGGUAUGAUGAUAGAUAAUAAUUCCAGUCUUACUCCGGUAGUUGGAUCUGUAAUCAAAUGCAUGGAAGAGGAAAGUACAUUUGGUAGGAUGGCAAAUGUUAUGAUGGUGAAUAUUAGAAUGAUAGAAAAUAAGGAUAUGGAAUAUUUUAUUGGCCUGAUUCCAAAUAAUAUUAAGGUUAAUGGAAAGAUGGUAAAUAACAUGGGAAAGGAGUUAUGAUCUAUCCUGAUGGAAAAAAAAGAGUCGGACAUUGGUAAAAUGGAAAAUUGUUGAAUUAUACUGAAGAUGACAAUCUUCUUCAAAUAAUUCCUGAUAACUGGUUGCAAUAAUGA